UUCCGGGCAUUGACUAACGAGCAGACGUGCAGCUCGCGCAAUCACUCUGUCAACUUUCGAUAGUGUUGUCGGACAUCGUCAAUUGGAGAGCUUGCAAGCGGCAAGUUGAUUUCACGACCACUUUCCGGGUUUUAUAGAGACAACUACUAAGAAGGGAAAACCGGAUAUUAUUGGAGAAGAGCAGCAAACUCAUCGUCGUUGAUUAUAAAUAUAGUAGAAUAACACCAUGGGAAAAGAGAAAAUCCAUAUAAACAUUGUUGUCAUUGGACACGUCGAUUCGGGCAAGUCGACAACCACCGGUCAUUUGAUAUACAAAUGCGGCGGCAUCGACAAGCGUACGAUUGAGAAGUUCGAGAAGGAGGCCCAGGAGAUGGGCAAGGGCUCGUUCAAGUACGCCUGGGUGCUGGACAAGCUGAAGGCGGAGCGUGAGCGCGGCAUCACCAUCGAUAUUGCACUGUGGAAAUUCGAGACGGCCAAGUAUUAUGUGACCAUUAUUGAUGCGCCCGGACAUAGGGAUUUCAUCAAGAACAUGAUUACCGGCACCUCGCAAGCCGAUUGUGCUGUAUUGAUUGUUGCUGCCGGCACCGGUGAGUUUGAGGCGGGCAUCUCGAAGAAUGGCCAGACCCGAGAGCAUGCUCUCUUGGCCUUUACGCUGGGCGUUAAGCAGCUGAUUGUGGGCGUCAACAAGAUGGAUUCAACUGAGCCGCCGUAUAGCGAGACUCGCUAUGAGGAAAUCAAAAAGGAGGUGUCCUCGUACAUCAAGAAGAUCGGCUAUAAUCCGGCCUCCGUUGCCUUCGUACCCAUUUCGGGCUGGCACGGCGACAACAUGCUCGAGCCAUCCGAGAAAAUGCCCUGGUUCAAGGGUUGGUCUGUAGAGCGGAAGGAGGGCAAGACGGAGGGCAAGUGCCUAAUUGAUGCGCUGGACGCGAUUAUGCCGCCCCAGCGGCCCACCGACAAACCGCUGCGUUUGCCUCUGCAGGAUGUCUACAAGAUCGGUGGCAUCGGCACAGUGCCAGUCGGUCGCGUCGAAACGGGUAUUCUCAAGCCAGGCAUGGUCGUGAACUUUGCACCAGUCAACCUGGUCACUGAGGUCAAGUCCGUGGAAAUGCAUCACGAGGCACUGACCGAAGCCAUGCCCGGCGACAAUGUCGGCUUCAAUGUGAAGAACGUGUCGGUAAAGGAGCUGCGUCGCGGUUAUGUCGCUGGCGAUUCCAAGAACAAUCCGCCGCGUGGUGCUGCCGAUUUUACCGCUCAGGUAAUUGUGCUGAACCAUCCGGGGCAGAUAGCCAAUGGGUAUACACCGGUGCUGGAUUGCCAUACGGCACAUAUUGCAUGCAAGUUUGCUGAGAUCAAGGAGAAGUGCGAUCGCCGUACCGGCAAGACCACCGAGACCGAGCCGAAGGCAAUCAAAUCGGGCGAUGCGGCCAUCAUUGUGCUGAUGCCCACAAAGCCGCUGUGCGUCGAAAGCUUCCAGGAAUUUCCGCCGCUGGGAAGAUUCGCAGUGCGCGAUAUGCGUCAGACGGUUGCUGUCGGUGUCAUCAAGUCGGUGAACUUUAAAGAGACGACCUCGGGCAAAGUAACAAAAGCCGCUGAGAAGGCACAGAAGAAGAAAUAACUAGGGUGUCAGCAGACUUGUAAUUCAAACAACACUCAAACACUUCAGCAACAGCAACAACAACAGCAACAGCAAACGGCAACAGCAAUAAUAACAACAACAACAAAAACAACACCAACAAAAACAAACAUAAGAUUUAUAGUAUAUAUUACUCUUCGACGAUCUAAACCGAAACAGGGGCUAAAAUCAGAGUCAAAGUCCGUGGCACAUCAUCAAAUAUCAGCAACAACUAUUAAUUGCUGCAUUCAAAUAUUAUAUAAACUUGAGGAGAUAUUGCAAUUUAUUAGUAACAACAACAACAACACACAUACAAUAGGCGAGGGCAUCUGUGUGAUGCCAGUCAUCAACACAAAAUCAAAGAUGAGCCAACAACCCAUUGAUAGUAAUCCUAAUCCGCACUUAGGCACAUCAUCCAUACCUUUGCCAGCUGCACUUGAUGUGAAGGAGCAGGAGGAGGAGGAAGAGAGAGGCAUGGCGAGUGGGCGGCAAGGACACUUGGGUCAUUUGGAAUCAUUCCCGUAUGCGUACUCAAAAUCGAUCGCCAUCAUAUUCAUAAUUAUCAUCUACUAUAACUAUCUAAACUUGUUUCGCCACCGCAAAUCAUUUCGCAGGAAACAACCGUCUGGUUUUGAGACGGAGCAGAAUUUCGAAGUCGCCACUGGAGCUUGCUGCUGCUAGCCCAGCCCAGCCCAGCCCAGUCCCCUGCUCUCGAAUCGCACCCCCUGCUCUCUUGACACUCAUUUUUAUCAUCACUUAACAUAAUUUUAAAGCAUCCACACCGUUUCAAUCAAUGGAUUUUAAACACUUUUUAUACUUUUGAUAAGUCAGCCGGAGGCAUUCGAUUUAAAAUCUAUUAUAUAAAGUAAUUUCAGAAUUUAGUUAUAAACCACCAUUCUGCCAUCACACAUAAUUAAAAAUUAACAAACACAUAAGAAAAAGCAAAUGCAAAAAGAAAAAAAAAACACGAGACUACAUUCGCAAUGAAUUCAAAAUUUCUCCAAAAGGAAAAAGACAAAUGCUUAAGAAGUAUUACAAAAAUAUUUAUAAUACAUAAUCAUGCGGUUUUGACAAACAUUCUAAAUGUUCAAUCGAGCCUCAUUGGCAUUUGCGUACAUUAAUCAAAUGUUUCUCAUAAAUGAUGAUUAACCACAUAACAUACAUACAUACAUAAAUACAUACAUAUGUCUUAUGCAUACUUAGUACAUACAUAAACACAUAAUGCAUUCAUUGUCGUUACACACUAUAAAACUAUUACAAUUGUAACCCACAAUAGAGAACCAUUCAUGGAUACAGAAAAUGUUGCUUAAUAAACAUAAAUGAUCUUUUAAUGUAUUAAUUGACUAAAUAAAAAUAAAGAAUGCUUAACCGUAACUUACAUCA